GCUGGCCGCCCACUGCAUUGGAAUUAAUCUUCGCAUCACUCCAUCGUUGGCAGCUUCCAUUAUUCCGUUGAAAUAAUAGGUUUCUUGAUAGCAUUUGGGACUGAAGAGGCGUUCCUCCUCAUCAAAGGUUUAACAUAAAGAUACCCAAUGCUGUCUUUUACCAUGCGGCGGUACUGCGGGGUCAAGUCCAACAUGGAGGAUUUAUGUUAUAAACCCGGAAGUCGCUUCAAACGAAUGUCAUCAGACGAGCUUCUCUAACAGUGACAGAGCAAGCUGAAUAGCGUGAAGCUGUCUUGCCAUUUGGAAAUUCACAAUCUGAAUUUGAGAUGCUCUCUGUCAAUGUAAUGGUAUUGGCUUUUUUCUGAUGCCUGUAGUAUCAAAAGGAUAUGUUGACUAAUGAUCACCUUGUCAUCUUCAAGGAAAAUCAAUUAGCGAGAUUGGCCAUCGAAUCAAGGUAGAUUAGAUUGUGUUCUUGGACUGAAGAACAGAGAGAUAAAAAAACAUUUUUACAAUGCCUCCUCUUUGUCAGCCAUCUAAUGUAUUUUUGCUGCUCAGUACAUUCCUGGGCAUGGGCCUGGGUCUGGAGUUCACAGGCUCUGAGGACCAGUGGGCUCGAUAUCUCCGCUGGGAUGCCAGCACAAGAAGUGACCUCACUUUUCAAUUCAAAACAGCUGUAUCUGAUGCUCUGAUGCUCUACUUUGAUGAUGGCGGUUACUGUGACUUCCUGCUUCUAACUAUCGCAGAAGGGAAAAUGAAGCUUCGGUUUAGUGUGGAUUGCGCAGAAACUGCGAUAAUCUCGGACAAGAUGGUCAAUGACAGCCGCUGGCACUUUGCCACCAUCAGCAGGCACAACCUGCGAACAGUACUGACUCUGGAUGGAGAGUCCAAAGCAGAUGAAGUGCGACCGCAGAGGCAGUUCAUGAAGAUCGUCAGUGACCUUUACCUCGGAGGAGUUCCUCAAGACAUCCGGACCUCAGCUCUAACGCUACCAGCUGUCAGGGAGAUGCCUCUUUUCAAGGGGAUUAUUACUGACUUGGGCUAUGGUAAUCAGGUACCCACACGCCUGGGGAGCCAAAAUGUCCGGCUGGAGAUGGAGGGCGUGUGCACAGAGAACCCUUGUGAAAACGGAGGCAGCUGUGUUUUGGCAGAUGGAGAGCUAUACUGUGACUGCUCCAAAACUGGAUAUGUAGGUCGUUAUUGUAAUGAAGCGGCCAACCAAAAUCCUGGUUUCGCACACAUGGUGAAGUCUCAACAAGCACGGGAGGAGAAUGUAGCAACAUUUCGAGGCUCUGAAUAUUUCUGCUACGACCUGUCACAGAACCCUAUUCAGAGCAGCAGUGAUGAGAUCACGCUAUCCUUCAAAACCUGGCAGCGCAACGGACUCAUCCUCCACACGGGAAAAUCAGCCGACUAUGUCAACCUAGCGCUAAAGGACGGAGCUGUUUCAUUGGUCAUUAACCUGGGCUCAGGAGCCUUUGAGGCAAUUGUGGAGCCUGUCAACGGAAAGUUCAAUGACAAUGCCUGGCAUGACAUCAAAGUGACACGCAAUCUGAGACAGGUGACCAUCUCGGUAGAUGGUAUCCUGACCACCACUGGCUACACUCAGGAGGACUAUACCAUGCUGGGCUCGGAUGACUUCUUCUAUGUGGGGGGCAGUCCCAGCACGGCUGACCUGCCUGGAUCUCCAGUCAGCAAUAACUUCAUGGGCUGCUUGAAAGAGGUGGUCUACAAAAACAAUGACAUACGUCUGGAGCUGUCUCGUCUGGCCCGGAUUGCGGACCCCAAGAUGAAGCUGCAGGGCGAUGUGGUCUUCAAAUGUGAAAAUGUGCCAACUCUAGACCCCAUCUCCUUUGAGACAGCAGAGUCGUUCCUCAGCCUGCCCAAGUGGAACACCAAACGUGUGGGCUCCAUCUCUUUUGACUUUCGUACUUCUGAACCCAAUGGACUGAUUCUUUACACUCAAGGAAAGCCCCAAGAAAAGCGGGAUGCCCGCAGCCAGAAAAGCAACAAGGUGGACUUUUUUGCUGUGGAGCUUUUGGAUGGCAGCUUGUACAUUCUGCUGGAUAUGGGAUCGGGAACAAUAAAGGUAAAAGCUACGCAGAACAAAGUCAACGACGGGGUCUGGCACCAUGUGGACAUUCAGCGAGAUGGAAGAUCAGGAAUCAUCUCAGUGAAUAGCCGCAGAACACCCUUCACUGCCACUGGGGAAAAUGAGAUUCUGGACCUGGAAGGGGACCUUUAUCUGGGAGGUCUUCCCGACAACCGGGCUGACCUGGUCCUGCCCACGGAACUGUGGACCGCUAUGCUGAACUACGGCUAUGUGGGCUGCAUUCGGGACCUUUUCAUUGAUGGGCGCAGCAAAGACAUCCGACAGAUCGCAGAGGCCCAGAACAGGGCUGGGAUCAAGUCCUCCUGCAGCAAAGUAAGCGGCAAGCAAUGUGACAGCAACCCCUGCAAAAAUAAUGGUGUCUGCAAAGAGGGCUGGAACCGCUUUAUCUGUGACUGCACUGGAACUGGAUACUGGUCCAGAACCUGUGAAAGAGAGGCGUCUAUUCUGAGCUUUGAUGGCAGUAUGUACAUGAAAGUGGUGCUGCCUAAUAUCAUGCACACAGAGGCAGAAGAUGUGUCACUGCGCUUCAUGUCCCAGCAUGCCUUUGGCUUGCUCAUGGCUGCAACUUCCCGCGACUCAGCGGACACACUACGGCUUGAGCUGGACGGAGGCCGAGUGAAACUCACUGUCAAUUUAGAUUGUGUCAGGAUAAACUGUAAUGCCAGCAAAGGCCCCGAGACUCUGUAUGCUGGCCAAAAGCUGAAUGACAACGAGUGGCACUCGGUCAGAGUGGUGCGACGUGGUAAAAACUUCAAACUCACAGUGGAUGAUGAUGUUGCUGAAGGUCAGAUGAAUGGCGAUCACACACAGCUGGAGUUUAGUAAUUUGGAAACAGGUAUUCUGACUGAGCGGCGCUUUGCCUCGUCAAUGCCGUCCAGCUUCAUUGGACACCUGCAGGGCCUCAAGUUCAACGGUCUGCUCUACAUUGACAUGUGCAAGAACGGAGACAUCGAGUUCUGUGAGCUCAAUGCUCGCUUUGGCCUGCGCUCUAUCGUGGCGGACCCAGUCACCUUCAAAACCAAGGGCAGCUACUUGGGCCUGGCGACACUGCAGGCCUACAGCACCAUGCACCUCUUCUUCCAGUUCAAAACCACCUCUGCUGAUGGCUUUAUUCUGUUCAACAGUGGAGAUGGCAGUGAUUUUAUUGCUGUGGAGUUGGUUAAAGGGUACAUACACUAUGUUUUUGACCUGGGAAAUGGACCCAGCCUGCUGAAAGGGAACAGUGAUGGUUCUCUCAAUGACAACCAGUGGCAUAGUGUGGUCAUCACACGAGACGCCACCAACACUCACACUCUCAAGGUGGACACCAAAUCAGUCAGCCAAGUGGUCAAUGGUGCUAAGAACCUUGAUCUGAAAGGUGAUCUGUUUGUGGCAGGUCUGGGGCCCAACAUGUACCACAACCUGCCCAAACUAGUUGUGUCUCGUGAAGGCUUCCAAGGAUGUCUGGCUUCAGUGGACUUGAACGGCCGGCUCCCAGACCUCAUCAAUGAUGCACUGUUCCGCAGUGGCCAGAUUGAACGUGGCUGUGAAGGGCCCAGCACCACAUGCCAGGAGGACUCCUGUGCCAACUUUGGAGUGUGCAUCCAGCAGUGGGAGAACUUCACUUGUGACUGCUCCAUGACCUCCUAUUCUGGCACGACAUGCAAUGACCCGGGAGCCACAUAUAUCUUUGGAAAAGGUGGCGGAUUGAUUACUUACACAUGGCCCAGCAAUGAACGACCCAGUACAAGAACAGACCGACUGGCUGUAGGCUUCAGUACCACCAUCAAAGAUGGCAUCCUGGUUCGCAUUGAUAGUGCUCCUCGACUGGGUGACUACAUCAUGCUGCAUAUUGAGGAAGGCAAAGUAGGCGUGACGUUUAACAUUGGCACAGUGGACAUCACUGUCAAAGAGACCACCACAGCAGUGAAUGAUGGGAAGUAUCACUUGGUACGCUUCACUAGGAAUGGAGGAAAUGCUACACUACAGGUUGACAACUGGCCAGUCAAUGAGCAUUUUCCAUCAGGCAACAGUGACAUUGAACGCUUUCAAAUGGCUAAUAAGAAAAUCCCGUUCAAAUAUACCCGGCCGGUUGAAGAUUGGCUACACGAGAAAGGUCGGCAGCUCACCAUCUUCAACACCCAAGCCACGAUCUCAAUAGGUGGAAACGAUCGCAAACGUCCAUAUCAAGGCCAGCUUUCUGGCCUGUACUACAAUGGGCUUAAGGUUCUUAACAUGGCCGCUGAGGGUCAUGCCAACAUAAAGGUGAAUGGCAGCGUGAGGCUGGUGGGAGACGUACCUACCAGUCGGAGCCCUUCCCGGACUACCACCUCCAUGCCCCCUGAGAUGUCCACCACUUUCAUAGAGACCACUACAACCCUGUCCACAACGACAACCCGAAAGCAGCGCUCCCCACCCACUAUCCAGACGACAGAUGACAUAGUGUCCUCAGCAGAAUGUUCCAGUGACGAUGAGGACCUGGAGGAGUGUGACACAGGGCACCCAGAUAAGAUCUUGACCACAUCGGCCUAUGAAGGUGGCUACAAAGCUCUCGCACCCAAGUGGGAGACGAAGGACUUUAAGCCUAGUAAGCCUUCUGAGGCAGGCAGGACUACACUCAUACCACAUCUGCCUGACCCUAGAAGCUCCGUAGCAGCAUUUGUUACAUCUGAGGCACCUCCUAAAAUUCCUGCUGGUAAAAUAAACAACCGUGAGGUCAAACCCCAACCAAAUGUAGUGCUGCUCCCUCUGCCCACAUCUUACGACAAUGAUGGCACCAAACCCAGAGGCCCGCUCAUCACCCAGCCAAUGCUGCGCAACGUGCCCAGCGCUCUGCCCACCGUACCAGGAAUCAGGAGGGUUCCACCUGGUGCCUCGGAAGUUAUACGCGAAUCCAGCAGCACUAUGGGUAUGGUGGUGGGCAUUGUGUCAGCUGCUGCCCUUUGCAUCCUCAUCCUACUCUAUGCUAUGUAUAAGUACAGGAACAGAGACGAAGGUUCCUACCAAGUGGAUGAGACACGAAAUUACAUCAGCAACUCAGCACAGACUAAUGGCGCAGUAAUUAAGGACAAGCAGCAAAGUACCAAGGGUACCAGUAGCAAGAGACCAAGAGACAAGGACAAGGAAUACUAUGUAUAAAACAAAAUCUGAACAACAGACCCAAAACUGGAGAAUUUUUGCAGUACUAUACUUAAAAAGGAAAUUCUCUAAGAACUCAAACAUUGAGUCUGAAAUAAAUUGUAGGCAUUGUGGUUUGAAGCAGACUUUCUGUGGUAAGGGAAUGGAGAAUGUUGAUGGUGACAUGGAGGAUCUUGUUUAUAUCUGUCUGGUUAUGGGACAUAACCAGUGUAAAAUAUGUCACUGUUACAUUGUUAUCCCCAGAAUGACUUUUUAAAGUACAUGAUCCUUGGCAUAAAAAAGUGUCCACUGUAGCCCUGUACAAUACAAUAAUGAUCAUCAACCAUGUUGGGCAUGCAUGUCAAAUGUGUGUGAUUUAGUGUUGGCGUCUUUGCAAGAGCAGAGCUAGAGAAAGAUUUGUUGUGGCCCGAAGGUAAACUGUGAGCACAAUUUGCCAUAAAAGCAGCUCAUUUGUUUUUGUUGCAAAUCUAAUCCUGAAGUAUUUUUAAGGAGUGGGUGGUGGAAAUGACACAUUUGAAUAAUUUUGUAUUUCAUUUUUGCAUUUUCUUUUUUUUUUUUCUUUUCCAUUUGUUCAUGUCUAAUUACUGAGGACAUUCAAAUAUGAUUCAAAUUUCAGUGUGACCUGUGCCAGAGUCACUUAACAAAUGGGCCUCAUUCACCUUCUUAAAAGCAUAUUUUUUUGAGAGAGAAAAUAAAAAUGUCCUUUUCAGGUUUCCUCUUGACUGGUUGUAUCUAAAGUAUAAGACCUGGCAUUUCUGUGCCACUGAAGUCCUUUCAGAGUUUUUUGUACUAAAAGUCAUGCAAAAACACAGGACCAUUUUGAGUCAUAAGGCAUGUGAAUUCUACGAAUAAUUACACCAAACAGUUCUCUCUUAUCCAGUCCCUUUUGUGGUUGCAUACACGGACAUGCCAUAGCGAAAAACGAGCAAAAAAAUUAAAUGUCAGAAUAACAUCAAGUACAUUUUGUCACAGGAUUUGUAGCAACUAUGUACCCAGGCCCUUUUCACCAUAUCCAGUAUCUGAAGGAAAGGUAAAGUAUGAGGAAUUUAUCAUUAUUACACAAGCUAAACCGAAUGUGGAGUUUCAAUGUUAUCACCAUCAAAUGUGUCAUAAGUAACACUGUUUACAUAUUUUACUACAUAAAUACUGUAGUACCUUGUAGGCUGAUACCGAACAUUUGAAUUUUGCAUAUAUUACUUUAUCUGUAAAUUCAGUUUAUUUUGUUAAACUGACUUGGAUUAUUUGGUGUAAUCCAUUAUAAAUAAAAAAAAUACCAUUCACAAAGAGUUGAGAAUAAUGCAGAUAAUGCAAAAUGAUUUUUUUAUCAAGAAAUUACAGAUGCUAGGUUAUAUAUGGAGAGAGAGACCUCACUAUUCUCAGUUGUAUCGGCCUCCUUAUUACUGUUUGUGUUCCAUUAUUUGUUUUAUUAUUAAUAAUAAUAAGAUGAAGAGAGCACACACAAUAAAAACAGAUGAUGGAAUUGAAUGCAUAGUGCCGCUAUAUUUCUGAAGUACGUUGUUUUACUUUAUCUGUGUUCCAUUGUAAUUUAAUUUCUGUCAUGUUCUACUGUGUUAUUUCCUAUUUGUUUAUUUUUUUCACCAUGUCACAGAAGCAAUUUUGUGUGUAUAUUUCGUUUUGAUUGUCGUUUCUGUUCUUUUUUUAUUUAUCAGUUAUUUUUGCUCUUUUAACUUUAAACUAUGUCCAGCAAUAAAAUGUUCCCAGAUGUUUUCAAUAUUACUGUAAUAGUUGCUGUUUUUAGAUGUCAUUUGUUUAGUUUUGACCUAUUGUAUAUUUUUCAACUUAACAACUGCAGCCAUCCAGUUCCCUACCUGGAAAUGAACCUUCAGCCCUCCAGUUAUUAGCCAUUAGCAUCUCAGGAGAUGGAACCGUGCAUGAGGACAACACUGAUUAGAUCUGGUGAUGGUACAAAUGCCAAGGAAGAAUUAAAGCCUUUGACUUGCAUCAU